AUGCCAAAUUUAGAAAAAAUCAAGGCCGGAGUUUCUUUUUGCGGGCUAAAUUUGGAAGAUAUAGAUAGAUUUUGGAACAAGCUGAUGAUUGCAAAUAAAUCUUUCGAGAUGCUACUCCGGUUUCUCCUUUUGCUCCUCGCGCCGCCAUCUACAAACGCCGCAAACUCCGCUGAAGGUCGAAUUAGGAAGAGCAACAGAUUGGGGAACCCAUUGAUGCUCACAGAAGAUGGAAAGUUCCUCUCUUGCUCGGGAAUGAAUUUGAUCUGCUUCGAAAAGAAUGGCUCAUUUGCUUGGAUCAUCCCUCUCCAGUACAAAUGCAGAUCAGAUCUAGCACCCAUCGCCGACGAUAGAGGAAAGAUAUAUUUGGUCGCCGAAGAUCGAGUUUUGAGGAUAAACCCUUCCAACAUCGGUCGUCCGGAGUCCACCGUCGAAGUCUUCUUCGGCGAGCACUCGGGGGAAAUACUUGGAAUCUCUAUAUCUUGCUUGUAUGCGUCGUUAUUUGUUGCGGUAAGAAACCGUGCCCUUUUCGCUGUUUCUCUGAGAGGAGGAGAGCAGCUUCUGUGGAGCGCUGGUCCUCUGCUUUAUCGGUUCGGUUAUCGUCAAGGCUGCAAGAAGAACACCACAGACUGCUUCUUCAAUUCAGUGCCUGUUGUCGAUCAGUGUGAAGGAACCAUCUACGUCUCAAACACUGAAGGCCAGAUCUAUUCCUUGUUCAUUCGUAGUCCACACUUCAGAUGGAUCCAAGAUUUUAGCUCAAUAGAUAAAAUGAUCAACAUAGUUCCAGGAAACAAUGGCCAUCUGUAUUUAAUCUUCCCCAGGAAGGCUACUGUAAUGUCACUCGAUGUAUCGACAGGAACCGUCUCUUGGCAGAGCAAUGUCGGUCUCUUGAGCUCUGAAACGAUCGUGCCAGUCGUCGACUCUAAUGGCUGGCUGUCAAUUGGCUCAUUGGAUGGGUUUCUGUAUUCGUUUUCUCCAACCGGGCAGCUUAGGAAGUACCUCCAGAAGAAUGCUGAAGAUUCAGUGAUCAUGAGUAGUCCAGUCCUCGACUGCUCGGGGUUCGCAGUGUAUGUCUCUCAGACAAUCAUGGAGGAGAAAUCUACUCGAACAACCGGCAACUACACAUUUGUGUCUGCACUUAAGCCAUCAAGCAUGGUUAUUACUUUGUUGGCUCCUGCUACAGGAACUGUUUACUGGAGUGAGAGCUAUCAUGGUGAAAUGUCUUCCUUGUUGCCCAAGAGUGACCUUCACAGCUUUGACAUGGAUGAGAGCAUUUUCCUGUCGAUCCUCUCUGCAAUAAGGAUAGGAAGCAGUCUUCCAUCUUAUUCUGCAGGACAAAGGAUUGCUUGGACUUGCUCGCAACCGAAUGAACAAAGUUCACCGAUUGAUGAAGGUGACGGUGAAUCGAGCUCUUUAUUUGUCUUCCUGUUGUUCCAGCUUGUGAUGCUACUCAUUUUAGCUGGAGCUGUUCGAUUCUGCUGUAACUUAUGGAGAAAGAAGAAGCUUCAAGAUCAUGGUCUCGGUCGAUUCCUCGACAAGAGGCGAUCGCUUCAUAGCCAGAGAAGAACACUGAGUAGCAGGAUCUCCGAGCUGGAGCAAGAGGCGGCUGAAGGCGCUGCAAACGACGAAGCGAUCGAUCAGUUGGGAGAGAUUGUGAGAGCGAAGAAGGGCGUGGAGAGGAAACUGUCUACUUCUUACAGUCUGGGCAGCGACAGAACCGGUUCAGGACGCCAUGGGAGAUCAAUCUUGCCGGUGUAUGAUGGAAAGGGCAAGAGCCACUCCUUCCACAGCACGAGAAGAAGCGAGAGUGUGACCAUCUUUAACACUUACAGCAACACUUCUUCUUCUUCUUCUUCUUCAGUGGACAGUGUUUCGAUAAACGAAGAAGAAGAAGAAGCAGGGCCGUCGCAAAGAGUCAACGAGAUGGAAUGGAACAACGGAGAGGGCUCAUCACACACCGCUGCAUCUGGAGGAAGAACAUUGGCAAGUCAAUCGUUUCAGGGGAAUUGGAGUGAGAGGAGAAUGCGAUUGAUGAGGAGGAGAACACUGUCCUCCACCAACUGAACCAUGUAAAAGCCAAAUUGUAUUGCCACAAUCAUGUCGCAGGAUCGAUCCUCGGGAUAAUUGAAGAAUAAAUCUGUUAUCCCCAUACUAUACC